CAGAGUGGCUGUGUGUAUUUUUGUAGCUUCCUCUUCGAACCCCCGCAAACAGGAGUACCGCAAGAGAGAGGCAGAAAGUGAUAGAGGGAAGGGUGGCUGAGUGAUUAUGUGCUAAGGAGGUGCAUGUGUGUAUAUGUGUGUAUGUGUAGGUGUGUGUGUAGGUGUGUGUAGAGAGGUUCGCCACUCUCUCUCUCUCUCUCUACUUUAAGAGCUUUACCACUUCAGCCAACAUCCUGAAGCGGGCCACUCUCCACUCCACCCCUCCUCUUCCAUCUCCUCCGGACCAACGCAUGGACUCCAGCAGCUUGAAAAGAAGGCACGGGAACAGGAACUGGGCAGAAGAAGACUUCUGGAUGCAACAGCAAAGAGGAGGACCAGCCAAAAGAGGAGAGGAGAAAGUGAUAAAACAGAGACAGGAGCAGCAGGGGCUGGACUGAGAAGACAGUAGGAAGACAGAGUCUUGAGGGACACUUUAACAAGAGUCGGAAAAAGAUACAGGAGAGAUAGAGGGCCAAAGGGGAAACUUACCUGACCCACUUCUCUGCUCUGCCAGGUGGAGUGACCUCCUUCUUCCCCUCUCCUCCCUCCCUCCCCUUUCCCUCUCUUUCCCCUGACAUGGGCCGCCUGUUGGCCCUGACCCUCGCCUACCUGGCCUACCUGCUGGCCACCGCGAUUGGCUCAGAGCGCCGACAGCACCGCGUGCAGCACGGCGCCUGCAGCUACACCUUCAUCCUCCCUGAGGUGGAGCACUGCCAUCCCUUAAAGGACUUCCAAGUCACAAACACCCUCCAGAGGGACUCCCCACCCGAGGCAGAGCCCGAUACAAGCCAACCUAAGCCGGGGCAGGCCCAAAAGGAAAGGCCUUCCUGGCAGGAGAGGAAGCUGGAGAGUCUGGAGAGUGCCAUGGAGAAUAACACCCAGUGGCUACAGAAGCUGGAGAACUUCAUCCAGGAGAAUGUGCGCUCUGGGAUGGAGGAAAUGAAGAGAACGGCCGUACACACCCAGACAGCUGCCAUGCUGGAAAUGGGAACCAACCUCCUCAGCCAAUCAGCCGAGCAGACCCGCAAACUGACAGACGUUGAGACCCAGGUGUUAAACCAGACCAGUCGCCUGGAGAUCCAGCUGCUCGAGUACUCGCUCUUCACUAACCGGCUGGAGAAACAUAUUCUCCUGCAAACUCAGGAGAUCUCGCGCCUCAGUGAUAAAAACAGUUUUCUGGAACAGAGGCUCUUAGCGCUGGAGGCUCGGUAUGGGAGGGAGCUGCAGGGCUUGGAGAGCGAAAAGCAGCAGCUUCAAGAGCUUCUGGAGAGGCAGAGUCGACUGGUCAGUCAGUUCCAGGGUGAACUGGGAAGCUCCACACUCAACAGCACCACGCUACAGAGACAGCAGGCCGUGCUCACGGACACCGUUCAGCAGCUGCUGGCUAUGGUCAACCACUGCAAUGAAAUCUCCAACGUUCCCAAGGAGGAGCCGCUUAGUUUCAGGGACUGUGCGGAGAUCCUGGGAUCAGGAGCGACAGAGAGUGGAAUAUAUAGCAUACGUCUCCCCAACUCCACCCAGACUGUCAAGGUGUUCUGUGAUAUGAAGACUAGAGGUGGUGGGUGGACAGUGCUGCAGCAUCGGAGAAACGGCUCCGUUGACUUCCAUCGUGGGUGGAGGGACUACAAAAUGGGCUUUGGAGAGCCGUCUGGGGAACACUGGCUGGGGAAUGAUAUCAUCCACAAGCUGACCAGCUCCCAGGAAUACAGUCUGCAUGUCCAGCUAAAAGACAGAGAGGGGAAUGAAGCCUUCUCACAUUAUGAUCGCUUCUGCAUAGACGGAGAGGACAACAACUACAGCCUUCAUGCCGAGGGCUUUAGUGGCACAGCUGGACGGACCAGCAGCCUCACGCACACUGGCACCCAGUUCAGCACCAAGGACAGAGACAACGACCGCUGCACCUGCAAGUGCGCCCAGCUGGCAUCUGGAGGUUGGUGGUUUGAGGCUUGCGGUCCAUCCAACCUGAAUGGCAUAUAUUACCCCGGCUCAUCCAGUGUGGUUCGCUACAAUGGCAUCAAAUGGUACUAUUGGAAGGGUCCAAAUUUGAUGGCUACAAUGACAACCAUGAUGGUGCGCCCUGCAAACUUCUGAUGGCGUGAUGUCAGAUGAAUGUCACCUCCGAUGAAUAUAAUGAACAAUAUCCAGAAAAUGGUAUAUUAUGGGAGGAAGUUCAGAUCAGACUGUUGAUGGUUUCAGCUUUUGGACAUCUUGGAGGGGUGCUUAAGCACUUGCCUGGGGACAUGUGCAGGUCCUCAGCAAUUCCACUAACAAUAUAUAUUCACAAAGGUGCCCAGACUAUAUUUAAGGGAGGAAGGAGAUGGAGGGUAUUGAGCUUUGCUACAUAUGACAAAACACAACGGAUCACGUCAAAUUAUGCACUUACAUAAGACCAGUUACUCAAACCAAUAUUAAAUUCAACUGAUCAACCUAGAGACGCUUUAUCGCUAUAACUAUUUUUAUAUCAAAGUAUGAAAACUUAUGUUGUCUGUUUGCUGUAAAUACAUUUUUGAAGCGAUAUGGCCAAACUGCAAUGAGUCACAGUCUUUUGUAUAGUUUACAGAAAGUCAACUAAUUAAAUAAACUCUUUACUAUAAAGUCUCGAUUUCACACUAAAUGGUUUGUGAACUUUGAUCUUGGUAUUUGUGAUAUAUGUAAUGUCUAAUAUUAAGUUAUAAUUCCUAUAUUCAAUGCCCUGAUUGUAACUCUAUUCCAGUAGCAUCACUUGACUAUAAAACAUCAGUACCUGUUUAAAACUGUAGUUCAAUUCAUUCACAUUAUAACGUAAGAUAACCUACAGUGACUUCAGUGGUUUACCAUUGUUAAUAAAACAACACCAUAAAGAGCGGCAACAGGCUUUGCCCUUUGCUGUAUCUUCCAAAGGGCUUUUCAGGAUGAAAUAUCCCCGAUUCUUUCCAGGCACACCUCUCAUAAAAGUUUAUUUGUGAGAGAUUUUGCUCAUAAAAGUACAUCAUACACUUUCACUGGUGUGAUUUACUUUCAAAAAUGAAACAUUUUGUAAUAACAUCUGGGAACGAAGUUGUAAAUUCAAUUUUUACUUUGUUUAAACAAUAAAAUAACACAUAGUCUUUGGCGCCUAUAAUCCACAGUGCCAGGUGCUUGUUACCAUGUAGGCUACAUAAACUCCAACAAGCUACACAUGCUGGAUGAGACGUUCUGGCCAUUGAUCUGAUGAAUCAUCCAAUAACACUGGUCCCUGUGGUGCCCAUUAGAAAGCGGAUGGGUUUCACCUCGACUAACAAUGACCUGGAUGUCCCAGUGUACGCUUGGGGACAGCAGCCAUUGCUAACUGGAAGACGACACACAAGGACAUGGGCUGACCGGGUCUACAACGGCUGCUAAUUGUUGCGCUUCAUUCGCUAAAGGACAGACAGAACAUUACUGAACGCAAUUCAUUUCUGACUGCUGCAAAUUUAAUACAACUGCAGAAAUGAGACAAGCGUAAUGAAGUGUGAGUCAGGCCUUGGUGUUUUGACAUGUCCUGCUCUUUCAAGUCAGUCUCGGAGAUACUUAAGAAAGAGAAAAAUAUUUGCUCUCUGGUUAUGGAAAAAAAUAUUGUUAAAAAAAUAGGAAAUUAUUCUUUUGUUUUUUUUUGUUUUUUUACAAAUAAAUAGCUUCUCUGUGUGUGACUUCA